CUUAUUCGCCACUGGGAUAAGCGCUCGGAUACUCGGGUUCUACUAUUCAUUUUUAUUUAAACGUUUACGUUUGUAUGUUGUUGUAAAAUUGAUGAAGUCAGGACUUAACGCAUGAAGGGGGUGAUGAUGAAUAUGGAGACUCUGAGCAGGCCGGAGCUCCUGAAGCUCCUCAGCAUCCUGGAGGGAGAACUGGAGGCACAGGACACAGUUAUACACACCCUCAGAGCCCAGCACAGGGACUCAUUCGUCCAGGAGCGCUAUGGCCAGUAUGACCUCAGUGACCCCUUCCUGGCCCUGCAGCGGGAUAGCCAUACCAUGGAUGACUGGUCCCCUUCAGACCCCCAGGGCAGCGUGGUGGGGCCCAACCCUCUGGCUGUGCUGAAGCUGGUCAUGGCCCACUGCAAAAGGAUGCAGGAGAGGAUGAUGGGACAGCUGGCAGCCGCAGAGAGCAGACACAGGAGGGUGAUUGCAGAUCUGGAGGAGGAGAAGCACCGACACGCACUGGAGUCGGCGCAGGAUGAGGAUGUCACCGUCAUGCUGGAGAAGGAGAGGGAGAAACUACUGCAGCAGUUGGAGGUGGAGCGUGCAGCAGUGCGUAGGCUGCAGAGGGAGCAGGAGAGGGCAGUAGGCCUGGCAGAGGAAACUCUGUCCCAGCAGCAGCAGUUGUCCUCGGACCUAACCCUGGAGCUCCAGAGAACCACCAGCCAGGCCCUGGAGGAGGCCCAGAGAGUCAGCCAGCUCCGCCUGCAACUCCAUGAGGAGAGCUGUACUUCAGAGAGCCUGAGGGGGGCCCUGGAAGCGGAGAAGGGCAGAGCAGCGCAGAUUGAGGCCAGAGCAGAGAGCCAGCUGGCUGAGUUUGACACAGAGAGGGAACAGUUAAGAGCCAGGAUCAGACGAGAAGAGGAGAGGAGCAAGGGGCUGGAGAGAGAAGUGGAGGAGCUGAGGAGGAGGUUGGAGGCAGCAGGAGAGGAAGGAAUGGUUAGGAAGGUGCAGGAGGCUGCGGUGAAGGAGGUGAAGGAGGUGAAACAGGCAACGGUGUCAGCGGCGGCGUCCACCUCGAGCCAGACAGAACCUGAUGGGAAGGCGAGCGUCGACCCUAAAGUGACCCCUGUCUCAAAGGUCAACGGGCAUCACCCUAACCCUCCACGGGACACUGACCCCCCUCAGGAGGGCGGGGCUGUGGAGAACGGUGGGGUAGAGAGCGAGUCCGGAGCAAGUCUUCCCUCCCCUCUCCACCCUCACCCUCCUCACCCCCACUGCCACCCUCACCCCAACCUCUCCCCCUCCAGCACGGCCUCUUCCUCCCUCUCCUCCUCCCCCAUCUCCUCCCCCACACUGGCUAAGCGUCUGGUCAGCCCCGGUGGCUUCCACACAUCCUCCUACCAGGCUGGAGUCAACCAGCGCUUCCACGCCGCCAGGCAUAAGUUCCAGGUGCAGGCUGAGCAGGAGCAGCUCCAGCAGGGUAGCACGGCUCCCCUCUCCCCCCGGGACCUGUCCCCUACCACCACCCCCAUCCCUCUACCCUCAGAGAACAGCACGGCCAAGCAGCUAGCCCGAAACACCGUCACCCAGGUCCUGUCCCGUUUCACCAGCCAGCAGGCAGGGGCCAAGCUCCCCCCACUGAACAGCUCUCCAUUUGGGACUGACUAUCGGAGCCUGGCAGCCUCCCCUCCAGGGGGGAAAACUUCGCCUGGAGGACCCCUAUCCCCUGGUAUACGCUCGCCCCUCACGCCUCGGUCCGAGAGGUGCUACCCGCCCCCCGUUCCUAAGAAACCGGGUAUGAGCCCCUCUCCAGGCUCCCCCGACCCCCAAGCCGGGGCCAGUCUCUUCCCAGAGCUGACGGGGGGCUGUGGGCUAAGCAGCAGUGGACAGGAGGGGGCUAAGGAGCCAGACCUGGUACUCUCCUCAGGUAGCUAACAUUUAUGGGCCACGGCAGCUAGAAAGUGAUCUAGGAUCAGCCUUCCCAAAUCCUUCACAUCUUUAACCAUUAGGGAGAAAACACAAAACGGACCUAGGAUCAGUAUCUGUGAUCAGCUUUGUCUUAUUCCUGCUGGAGGAGCCAGUGCUCUCCUCCAGCAGCUAGCAGUGUAUGGCCUCCCUCAUUCCAGAUACGCUAGUUUCUCUCUUCCAUUUGCACUUGUUCACUCACUUUUAGGCCCGAGAUUCAAUCCGAGUGCUCUAGUCAACAAUGCAGCUUUUAAAAGCAAUGUUGCUGGGUUCAAAUAGAUCGCAUUCAAGGUAAACGCUGCUGAUGUCGGCUCAAUCAGAAAUUACCUCAGAGACGGUAAAAGAAAGCAAGACAUCUCACAAGAUCAUGUUUUCUGGUCGGGCGGGUAGAGCGAGCGAGGGGAUAAGUAGACCAGAGCCAGCUGUUGGUUAGUUGGUUAGUUUUGCAUUGAAAAAAAAUUGUCACGGUUUCUGUCUGUGUAAGUGGGUGUUUCCUCUCUCACGUGGCCAUCUGUGAGCAUGCUUUCCCGCAUGAGCUUAUCUGGGAAAGCAUGCUUACACAAGACAGGAACUGUUUUUUUUAAUGUCAAAUGGUAAACAGCCUUUUUAAGACAUUUUCAUUAUCCACCAUCUUUGAUUACCUGUAAAUGUCAAGCGGUUUAAUGUGGUUCCACCGCGGUCUGGAUUGGAUCCUGGCCUUAAUCUCCUGGAUGUCCUGCAGCAGGCAGAAAAUGCCACUACUUAUACCAACUCUGUAGGCCCUAUUUUGACCACAUAAAUUAGCCGCUUAUUAUCAAAGGAAAGCUCAAACACUACCUAGCAAAUGGUCUGAAACACUGUCUAGUUAACAUUAAAUUACAUUAAAUCUAUAAUAUACUGGGUUUUAUUGGAUUCAUAAGAUUUGUUUUAUUUUGAAUUUAUGGAUAGUUUAUUAUCUUGAUUUGUAAUAUAUCUUUAUAUCUAGUUUAUUGUAUUCCAUAGCCAUGUUUAAAAGUGAUCUUAUUAAUUAUGCAUUUAGUUAUUCUCGGAAAUUAAUUAAUGAAUCUCUCCGCCCAAGUCCACUCUGUAGUCUCGUCCAAUACAAAGGCUGCAUGGAGAGGGGAGUCUUUCCGUGCCAAGAGGAUUCAAAUGUAAUCUGUUGAUUGCACAUAUACAGUUGAAGAGGUUUACAUACACCUUAGCCAAUUACAUUUAAACUCAGUUUUUCACAAUUCCUGACAUUUAAUCAUAGUAAAAAUUACCUGUCUUAGGUCAGUUAGAAUCACCACUUU